UCCUUAACAAUGUCUUUUGCAGGCCCUUCCUCCAUACUUGCUGUUCAAUAUUAUGCUGAUCAUAUAUUCACAACUGUCACAGCUGCAGCAGCAGUGGUCGAUGAAUGGAUAGCUAAUACAAUGCAUAUCCACAAGCGUAAAUUGAGCAAACUUCUUAUCGGCCUUGACACAGAAUGGUGCUUGCCUACUGAACCAAAUGGUCACCAACAGGUUGCUAUCAUUCAACUCUGUGUAGGUAAAAGGUGCCUCAUAUUUCAACUUUACCAUGCAGACGAUAUCCCACAAUCUUUGAUCCAAUUUCUCGGGAACUACAAGUUCAGAUUUAUUGGUAAAGGAGUAUGGAAUGAUGCUGAUAAACUAUAUGAAGACUAUGGGUUGGUUGUAGCUCAUCCAAAGGAUGUAAGUUACUGGGCAGCAAAGAAAUAUCAUGACAGAUAUUACCGAAAAAUGGGCUUGAAGGGUUUGGUGCUUGAUUUGCUUGGAAAAGUGAUUCCCAAGCCAAGGGAGAUCACCAUGAGUGAAUGGAACACAAAAGAGCUUACAAUUGAACAGAUAGAAUAUGCUUGUCUUGAUGCUUUCGUGUCUUUAGAACUUGGGAUUUGUUUGAGCAAACCUACACAUGAGAACAUGUCCGCAAAGACAAUUGUGUAUCAGCCCGCAUAUGAAUAUGAGCAACUUGAUGAAGAGCUUAUCUUGGGGCAGAGUUUUGCGGAGUGUAAAGAUUUGAGAAGAAUGAAACCAGCCAAGAAAUUUGGGAGCCAAAAAAGUAGUAAAAGGAGUCACACGACCAAGAAAAGGGCGUCCAAAAGAAAGGAGAAAUCCAAGCAAGUGGAGCUGAUUGAUGAAAUGGAUGCAUAUUAUAGCUUUUAA